CUGGGAAACGAAACCUGACGAUCUGCGCAGUCGCAGUGGGGGCCGCUAAGGAGAAGGCGUGUGCAGCAGUCCUCCGCGAGACGUCUGAUCGAACGGCGGAUCGAUCCGAGAUGGAAGGUGAUAAUAGGAGAAGCCAAAGUUGAUGUGACGAAGUAAGGAGAAAGAAAAUCAUGGCUGACGAACUUGAGCAGUCACCCAAGGGUUGGACUGAAUCUCAAGUAAGCGACUGGCUAAGAUUAAUUGGAGUAAAGAAGCAGUACAUAGAAAAGCUCUAUGAGGAAGAGGUAGAUGGACAAAUCCUUCUGUCACUGAAUGAGGACUUUUUGAAGUCAAAGAUUGGCAUGAAAUCAGGGCCUGCUCAUUUGAUUAUUCAGACGAGAGAUGAGCUCAUCAACUCCAAGAAAAAGUCUCAAGACAAGAAAAAGACCAGUGGCAAAAGAACCCAGUUGGAACAAGAAAACAUUGAUACGAAAUCUGUUCAAUGUCUUCCAUCAACAAGUGAAGGUACUCCGGCACAGAUUCCUGAGAAAGAUCAAGCUGUCGUAAAGGACAGACAAACAGCUCAGGAACGAAAUGCGUUCACUUCAAAAGAAGACUCCAGACUACGGCCAUUUGAUCAAGAAGCAAUUAAUUUCAUAUAUGUGAAGCACAGAGUCCUGCAACCUGAGUCGGGUGCUUUUGAUCUGAUUUCUCCAUGCCAUGAAUUCAAGUCUUUAGCUGUAGCUGCUGAGUUGGAUCGCACAAGACUCCAAGCUAAGUUUGCCAAAGAGGUCCUCAAAUUUGCAACUGGCUGUAUGAAUAUCAGAUCAAAUGGCACAAUACACUUUGGUGUGAUGGACAGUAAGGAGGAUACAAAACAUGUGCACGGUGAGAUAAUUGGUAUCCCUGUUCAAGAGAAAGACAUUUAUGUAGAUGCUUUGGACUACAUUGAACGGAGUUUCUCUUCUGCCAAAGAGCAUGUACGCCAGUGUGUACGGCCACCAAGGUUCAUUGAGGUUAUGGAUCACGAAAGUACCGAAAAGAGGUAUGUGGUAGAGGUUGACAUUGUGCCUUCAAUAAGUAUUGUCAAGAACAAAGUGUAUAAAGUUCGUCUGCCAAACUUCAAAGAGUCAUCAAACCAAGUAGAAUUUGAGAAAGAAACAAUUCUGCGGCGGGUGGGUUCAAAGACGGAACCGGUGAUCGACAAAGACAUAAGUGAUUUUCACGAGCGAGUCAAAGAUCGGGACGCUCAAAGAGAAGAAGCAGAGAACAAUCUGCUCCUCGGUGGCCCAGACUACUGCCCAGACCUCGGAAGGAAACUCAAAAUGCUAAUGACUUGUGGGAAGAAAUUCAUCGAAAAGGGGAAAUGGUUCAUACUCGUCACUAACAAAUUCAACCCUGAGGACCUUUGCAACCUUGACUGGCUGCUUAACAUGACCAUGUUCUGUGUGUUUGACUUUGACCCAGAAUCAAAGGUAUCAGGUCUUUGCAGUAAGUACCUUCAGCAUCACGUUGCAAACAUUCAUUCUCUCCAGAGCUAUAGGAAACCCGGUGACAUGAGCAUCGAAGAAUUCAUGAGACAUUUGCAUCUGUUUGACCAAACUAGCUGGAUCUUUUGUCACGGCCGGAGUGACUUCAAAGGAAAUGACGAUGUGAGUCCAUGUGAUGAAAUGACUUGGAUCAAGACAAAAAUGACUGUCCUGCGGGAAUCGGUGUCUUUGAUCUGUAAAGAAAUCUUACCAAAAGGCACAUUCCAAGUCAUUUUUCUUCUCACGUCACCAGUUGAGAAACCACUCUUGCAUACCUUUAAUGAGUUUUUCACAGACAUGGAAGGCCAUGAAGACAUCAUCUGCAUCUGUGAAUCACAGCAAAACUUCCAGAAGUGGCAAAGCUUUGCAGAGGGGUCAUGUGGAACAGAAACUGUGAAUAAUUCCAGUGUUGUUGGGAUGAAAAUGAGUCACAUUAAUGCAACUCUACAGCAAAUACAAUCUGUCAACGCCAGAAAACACCUGCCAGUCUUUGUGAAGGGGACAUGUCUUCUUGAAACACACGAAGAGGAAAAGAUGUAUUCUCUGGAAAUUCUGACGGUCGAUCAUUGUGACGAAACAAGCCAAGACUUCAUUGACGAAGAGAAAGAGAACAUUGACCAGCAGUUCUACCAUGGGGGUAGAAUAAACUGGUUGAAUUUAUGGCUUGCUGAGCACCAGUAUGUUGGAGAGGUAAUUGAAAGAGAUGCUUAUCAGGAAGUCUCCAAUUCUGUCAAUGACUCUUUGAAGUCGAAUGCAGAUCAAACUCCAGUGAACAGUAUAAACAUCUUCCAUCACCCAGGAAGUGGUGGAAGCACUGUCGCAAGACAAGUGCUGUGGAACAACAGGAAAGGUCUCAGGUGUGCAGUUGUGAACCCUUCAUACUCUGCUGCUGUGGUUGCGCAACAUGCAGUUGAACUGAGAGAAUACGAGGAGAAAGAUCCACAGAGGUGCCUUACUGUGCUGCUCCUCAUUGAAGACUCAGACAAAGAAUACCUCGAUGAUCUCAGGAACGAACUGGAGUUUGCCACAAACACCAAAAGAAUCCGGUAUGGAACUCUAUGUUUCAUUUUGCUGAGCUGCAGACGAUCCCAUGAUCCAGAGAAAAGAUGCAAGGAGUCUCCGUUACAGAAUGUGUCUGUCACUCACAAACUGUCUGAUCAAGAGAAGAGACAGUUUGCUAAAAAACGAAAGGUGCUUGAGGCACAAUAUGAACAUGAAUUCAUCCUGACAUUUGUUCUGAUGAGUAAAGGAUUCGAUAAGAAGUAUGUUCAACAGUUUGUGAAACAUUUGCUCCAAGGCCUUGACAGUAGAUCUCUUGUGACUAGCCUCAUUCUCUAUGUGGCACUGCUGAACACUUAUGUUCAAAACUCUUUCAUCUCUCAGUCCCAUUGUCAAGCGUUGCUUGCCUUAACCAUUCACUUGGAAAGGUUUCGCCAACACGAGUUUGAGAAAUCACUCGGUGAUCAGGCUAAACUAGUCUUCUUGCACCUUCGAGAUGACAAGACGCACAUUGAAUCAAUCAGAAUCAUCCACCCACUCAUUGCAAAGGAAAUUCUCCAACAACUUUUGGGGGACCAACAGACCCAAAGCAAUUUGGCAAUGAAUUUGCUCUGCAACAGCGUGCUUUUUGAGCACAGAUUUGGAAGGGUUGAAUAUCUGUCAUUUUUGAGAGCACUGUUAAUAAGGCGAUCCAGAAUAAGCAAAGGGGACACAUAUGACAGUUUUUUCUCUCCUCUAAUUGAGCAUGUGUGUGAAAAUGAAAAAAGCCCAGACAAAGCAAUCCAGUUACUCACGGAAGCGUUCGAGCGUUUCAAUAACGAUCCAUUCUUUGCACAACAACUUGCUCGUCUUCAUUACACUUACGAAAAGUUUGAAGAGGCCAAAUACUGGGCAGAGACAGCUGCCAAACAGCUGCCCAACAACUCGUACAUACUCGACACCAAAGGGCAGGUGUACAGGAAAUGGUUCCAAGCUAAAUGUAAAGCUAUUGAGAAUGACAAAGUACAAAAGACACCCCAGAAUAUUGCAGAUGCCGUGGAGACUGCACUGAAAGCCCUGGAUUGUUUUCAGGAAUGUGAGAAAGCAGCUGAAGCAGAUAUGGAAAACAGUAAUAGCUCAGGGUUUUUCUCUGAAGUUGAGGUUGGAUGCAGCCUGCUCAAACUGGUCUCUUCAUCGGAAGUGUUUGCAAACGGAGCCAAUGGCCAUUCAGAGUGUAUGAAGUACCUGUCGACACCGGAGUACAUUCCUGAGGAAGUUCAAGACGCCUGGGGACCAUUUCAUGAUGGUUUGAAAAAACUCAACAAGACAAUGCAAGAUGCCCUCGAAUGGAUUUCAGAAGACCUCAGUUACUUCCAGACAGACAUUGGUUUUGAUGGAGAAGAGACCCCUGAACGUCCCGAGGAGAAGAUAAGCCAUCCACUGAAAUGGUUGGCAAAAAAAUCUUCAGAGUAUGGGAAAUAUUUCAGUGAAACCUAUUUUACUGAGCUUCAAGGGAAAUCCAUCCCAACCAAUCUGACUCCUUUCCAAAAACGCAUGAUCAUCUAUCAUCUUGGUGGGGGGAACAUGACAUCCAUCCUCUUCAACCUAACUGACCAGAAGGAUGCAGUACCUCUCCUUGAGACCAUCCUUUCUCUCUACCCCAGCAAUCCAAAAAUGUCCAAAUUUGGUCAAAGGGAUAUUGUCAAUUACAUAAUGGCCCACCUUACUCUGAACUGCCUGUCACCGACUAUCAAAAAUGUUGCUUCUCUGACGGAUCUGCAGGACCUUUGUCAUCAGUUCCCAAAGGAUAAAAGGAAAUGUUUACCAAGUGGCCUGUUCUUGCUUACCUUGCUAUUCUGGCCGGAGGAUCAUGACACAGAUAAAGAGAAAGAAACCAAAUAUGAAAUUGUGCAAGCGGCUGUUGACCACCUAAAAAAAGACUACUUGAUCAAGAUGAAGGACAUUCCUCAGAGGAAAAGAAGGCUUUACACCCAUUUCUUUCUGGGCAGUGGGAACGGACUGGAUAAAUUUGUCCACAAGAGAAAGUUUGAAAGUGUCACAAAGAUGUUCUCAGUUUCUGAGAAACGCAUGAAGUGGUUUAGGGGUGAGGCAUGGAAAAAGCCUGAGAUUGCCACGAUGCUGAAUCGCGUUUCUGGAUGGACUGAAGAUGGAGUGGUGUACCUUGAAGGCCCUCGGAAAAAGAAGUUCAAUAUCCUGGCUCUUCACGUACCAUCAGUGCCUCAUAGUAAUGAAAACAUCACGUUCUACCUGGGGUUCACAUUCAGAGGGCCCGUUGCCUGCAACAUCAUUGUGAAACAAUAGUUUGUCAAUGAUCCUGCCACGUAUGGCGGUACGUCAUAUUCCUGGAGCAUGGGUGUAAUAUCCACCUCAGUUCCAAGAGCAAGAACAGAUAUGAAAAUAAGACAGAUCUGGUCAAAUCUGCAAUUUGUCAAGUAUAUUGAAGCAUUUGUUCUGGUACAAAUUGCACUUCUUUUGUCAGAUAGUUUGAUAUACUUGUAUAUAGAUAUAUGUGUACUGAAAAAAUGGAGCAGUGUGUUUUUUUUGUAUGUGGAUAUAAACAUGUGACAUGAUGGACUCUGGAUUCCCAGGGUAAUAACAAUCUAGACCUGAAUCUAGUAUCCUGUUGUUUCCAUAUUGUUUGUAGAUGGACUACAGUUACACCUGGCAUCACAGUGCGUUUUGAAUGCAUCUAAAGUGAGCAUUUGUGCCUGGACUUUUCUAAUUGGUUCACGUUUGGUGUUAUCCAACUCGACCGCUGUUGGACAGAAAAGAAACCGAGGAGAUGAAUUGUGGUUCAUAGCGUGAACAUCUGGGUUUCUAGUACAGUGGUUCUCAAACUUUUUCCAGUGAAAUAUUAAAAUGCUUAACUAGCGCAAAGCAUUUUUGGUUGGAAAAAAGAUGUAAUACAUAGCGCUGUGCCAUCAGUGUGAUUUAAUAUAGAAUAUAUAAAAAUCAGUUUCUGAACUUACACUUAUAUUUUAUUGAAUAUGUAUUAAACAAUUAUUUAAAAAAAACUUUUGAAUGGAUGCCAAUUUUAAAUAUAUUUUAAAUAACUCUCACGUACACCCUUGAGUGCCUUCACGUACCCCCAUUUGAAAACCACUGUUCUAGUAGAUCAUGAUAGCUAGAUCAUUGUUUUCACAAUAAAUGUGUUGAGACUAAGCAGCAGCAUUAUGUACAUAAUCAUAUAUUAAUGUGCAACAGAAAAGGGUAAUAAAAUGGGAAAUUAGAUUUUAAACUACAAAUUACACCAGUACCUGUGGCUAUAUUUUUUUUAUUUUCUAUACUUGUAUUGAAUUAAUUUGUUUGAUAGUAACAUGAAGAAACAUGAUUUUGUAAACAUUAGUGUUCUGAAAUAUAUAAAACAUGUCUUGAAAUACAAUACACCUUUUUCUUCAAUUUUAGUUUGUUUCAUGUUUUUAAUCCUACUACAUCGGCCUUUGAAGUUCAACUGAUAGCCCUUUUAGAAUAUAUGAAUUUAUAUUGUGAGAGCUUUGUCUGUUAAUAAUUUCAUUGGGAUCUACACAUGUUGGACUAAGUCUUAGAAAUGAUCAAAUGUGUUAUAAAAUAACCUGAACACCAACAUGGCGGCUGUUUGAUUGUUGGUUGUAGUUGGAAGCAUUUUUCAACAGUAAAGCGAGUCGGUAAAUAUAGGAUUAAUACAUUUAAUACAACUUAGAGUAAUUUCAUGACUUUAAGGGAGGGAACAACUUUUCCGACAUGGUGCGAAAACGAGAAUCAAAAAUGUUUACCAAAACACCAGUUGUGGUUUUGAUAGUUGCACACAGGUGUUGUAUGUGUCAGCUUAUGUAUUUCCAUUUAAUUAGUGUGUGUGGUCAUCAGAAUUACAGGUACUCACGUUAAGUAUGUUUGCUGCAACACAGAAUAUUGAAUAAUCUUUUUCAAGGAACACACAAAAUGAAUUAUACAUAUUUAUCUAUUACCUGUAGUGCUAUUCAUCAAUCUAGAUUGUUUUGGUGUGAGUUACCUUGUUAUGGUUUAUGGUCGUAUAGUCACAUUAUAUUCGACACAAGGCUGAACAAUAUACAUAUUGUUGACUUUGAGGUGGACUGUCCCUUUUAAAUCUGAAACGAUGAAAAUUUAACGAAACACAUUAAGGAUCUUGAUUUAAUUAACUUUGACAAACUAUAUAUUUUAUUUCCUUUAGUGAAUUGUUUUUGCUUCAUGACAUUCACAACAGAUAGAGGAGGCGAGGGAGCACCGGGGGUCAAUUUGAACACUUUUGUCCCUCUGCGCUUGCCCUAGCUCGGAGUUCGCCUGCACUGCGCAUGUCUUCGCGAUGAAAAUUUAACGAAACACAUUAAGGAUCUUGAUUUAAUUAACUUUGACAAACUAUAUAUUUUAUUUCCUUUCGUGAAACUUUGCCAGACGUGUGCAGCUUGUUUUCUUUCCACUGCUCGUAAUGUGACGACAUGUUAAACAACAGCUCGGACCGGAACGGCUCGGUAUGGGUCACGGGUCGAACCUCACGGCAGCGGUGCUCGUCUCUGCUCUGGCUGCGUGCUGGUUCAUCAGCCUCCUGUGGGCCCACCAGGCCCCGCUGGUGAGGUCGGACUGUGCGAAGCGAAAUGCAACAGAAGCACACGGAAGACUCGGUGGUGAUGCAGCGGAAACGAGCUCCGAAGAGACCCGUAGACCCAGAGAUGGCGCAUGCGCCAUGGCCCCGGAGAGCCGCUUUGAUUGUGCCAGGGACAGGCUUCUGAGCCAGAGGGGGUGUGAAGACAGGGGGUGCUGCUACGCCCCUCUGCCUCACUCUGCGGGCCCACCUUGGUGCUUUUACCCCACGUUGUACCCUGGCUACAGAAUGGGUCCCCUCACGCCCACCGCGCGAGGCCAGGAGGCCACCCUGACCCGGGCCACCCCCUCACAUCUCCCCAGAGAGAUGUCCACUGUCCACCUAGAGGUCACAGGAGGGACUGCAGGCUGCCUCCAUCUCACUUUUAAAGACCCGUCAUCUCAGAGAUAUGAAGUCAAGCUUCCAGCUGCUGUUCCUCAGGGCGAAGAUGAUGCUCAAGAUGCCCUUUAUUCCACUGAAUACCAGUCUGACCCGUUUGGCUUCAUAGUGCGGCGCAGAUCCAAUGGAAGGGUCAUCAUGAACACCACAGUCGCUCCUCUGCUGUUUGCUGACCAGUACCUGCAGCUGUCCACCGCACUAGCAUCCUCCCUUGUGUCUGGUCUCGGGGAGCAUUACACCUCCCUCCUCCUGGACCUUAACUGGACUUCUCUGACUCUCUGGAACAGAAACAUGGCGCCUCAUGCCGACGCUAACCUCUACGGCUCCCACCCGUUCUACAUGGUGCAGGAGGAGGACGGCUUGGCACAUGGCGUCUUCCUUCUUAACAGCAAUGCCAUCGAAGUGAUGUUGCAGCCGACCCCCGCGCUCACCUGGGUGGCUAUCGGUGGAAUCCUGGACCUCUACGUUUUCUUGGGUCCUGACCCUCAAAGUGUGAUACGACAGUACCUUCAGGUCAUUGGCUAUCCCAUGAUGCCUCCCUAUUGGUCAUUGGGUUUUCAUCUGUGUCGCUGGGGUUACACAACCACUCUUACUACCCGACAUGUGGCACAACGCAUGCACAAUGCAACGUUUCCAUUGGAUGUGCAGUGGAAUGAUCUGGACUAUGCAAAUAAGGACAGGGUAUUCACCUUUGACCCCUGGCGAUUUGGAGACCUCCCAGAGAUGGUGGAGGACUUCCAUGAAAGAGGCAUGAAGUACAUCCUGAUCCUGGACCCGGGGAUCAGCAGCAGCAGCCCCCCUGGAACUUACUCGCCCUUUGACGAGGGACUGAAACGAGACGUCUUCAUUAAAAAUGCUACCGGACACAUCCUGAUAGGGAAGGUUUGGCCGGGCCAGACGGCCUUCCCCGACUUCACCAACCCAGAGACCAGGCGCUGGUGGGAGGACUGCAUCAGAGACUUUCAUUCUAAAGUUCCCGUGGAUGGUCUGUGGAUUGAUAUGAAUGAACCAGCCAGUUUUGUGCAGGGCUCAGCCGAGGGCUGUCCUGCCAGCGAUCUUGAGAACCCGCCCUACACACCCAAGGUGGUCGGAGGACAGUUGAGCUCGGGAACUCUUUGUAUGUCGGCUCAGCAGAAGCUGUCCACCCACUACGACCUGCACAACAUGUACGGACUGACGGAAGCCUACGCCACGCACAGUGCCCUCAUGAACAUACGAGGGCAGAGACCCUUCGUCCUGUCUCGCUCCUCCUUCCCUGGCAUCGGCCGCUUCUCUGGAGUGUGGACCGGAGACGUCGGGAGUGACUGGGAGCAGCUUCGAUACUCCAUCCCUGCGGUGCUGCAAUUCGGCCUGUUCGGCGUGCCCCUUGUGGGGGCGGACGUCUGUGGCUUUGGAGGGAACACCACCGAGGAACUGUGUGUUCGAUGGAUGCAGCUCGGGGCCUUCUACCCGUUUAUGAGAAACCACAAUGACAAGCCGAACGCUCCUCAGGAGCCCUAUGUAUUUGGGCAGAAGGCCCAGGCAGCCAUGCGGAGUGCAUUGAACCUCCGUUACUCCCUUCUCCCUUUCCUCUACACACUCUUCCAUCAUGCACACACUUCUGCUGCCACCGUGGCCAGGCCUCUCUUCAUGGAGUUUCCCACUGAUGAUAACUGUCAGGCCGUAGACCGACAGUUCCUGUGGGGGAGUUCGCUUCUCAUCAGCCCCGUCUUAGAGCAAGGGGCAGUAGAGCUGGCUGCUUACCUGCCCUCUGGCACUUGGUACAGCCUGCACAAUGGUCAGCCUUUCUACAGUAAGGGUCGGUACUCGCUCCUGCCAGCCCCUCUGGACACCAUCAACGUCCAUGUGAGGGAAGGACAUAUUAUCCCCCAGCAGGAGCCUGCGUUGACCACCGUGGCCUCACGCAGAAAGCCUUUCUUCCUGACUGUGGCCCUGUCAGCAGGCGGCUGGGCCUGGGGCGACUUGUUCUGGGACGACGGGGACAAACUUCACACUUUCGAAACGGGACAUUAUUGUUACGUUACCUUCACCGCUGGCCAGUCUCAGGUGUUGAGUGAGCCUCUCGGGAUGAAUUGGGCCCUGGAUGGUCUGGUGCUGGGAGGGCUGCAGGUGUUCGGGGUGCCCUCACCACCCCGAUAUGUAUUAGCCAAUGGGGACAAAGUCAAGGAUUUCACGUACCGCAGUGACACCAAGGUUUUGACAGUGAGCGGCCUUGCUUUGCCAAUGUCGGAGGUGUUUUCAGUCCAAUGGGCUCUCUGAUGCACUGAGCCUUAUGGCAGCCUUUGCAUUCACUGCUGUGAAUGUCAGCUGCAUUUUCCUGCACUCCAUCCCGACCAUCCUGGGGCUCGAGAUGCACGUUUUGUUUGCGACGUUAUGAGAUGCUCUGUAAGGAGCGUGUCUUAAAAAACAAAGGGAGCAUCAUCUUGAUCUGUCGGAUUUUCUCUGGACGUCAUUUUUGCUGCUAACGGACACUGAAUCAAGACCGUGUGAUGUAAAUGUAUAGAACUCAUCAGACUGUUUAUAUGCAUGUGUUACUGACGUGUAUUAUAUCAGCAGGUUUCAUUUGCUCAUUGUUUACUAUGAUGCUGCAUACUCUGUCUCUGAAGUGACACCCACAACACCAACUUGUAUAAGAUAUCUCUUUAUUCAUCCCCAGGGGGACAUUUCUCGAAGCAGCAGCAAACAUGUUUACAUGUAUAAUAAAACAGCAGACAUAUUACAUUUAAGAAUUUAAAAA